UCAGUCAUUUUCUCUUUUCCCAAGUAAGUCUGGCUCAAGUCCUGAUAAGUUAACCGAUUCAACUGUUUACUGGGAGUGAAAAUCGCUCAUCACUUGAUAAGUGCAAGUUUCUUGUUCUUCAUCCUUUACUCUUCUUACCCAAGCAUUGUAAGCGUAAAAUUCAAUAGUUUAUCAGCCAAAAGAAUGUUUUCAUCCAAUUAUUAUGGAGAAAAAUUUAACCCAAAUUUCCUGUUGAUUUCAUUUUGAUGGAUGAUAUUUCAAUUGGAUAAAUUGUAUCUUCGUUCACCUCAAAUUGGAUUACACGUAAAAAUGUGUUAAUUAACUAUUCAACGAUCAAUUGUCAACACUUGGGAAUGAAAAAUUGCUUCACUUUACUUCAUCAGAUAGUUUCAAGUUUCAUCAUAAACCAUCAUCAUUUUCAUCACACAAAUUUUCCAAUAAAACAUUGAAACAUAAAUUUAAUAAAAAUUUUUCUCUUUCCAUGGAUUAAUUUGAUUCAGUUGCUUCAUAUUAAACCUUUUGGAUUGUUUCGUUAUUGGAAUUCAUGAAUCAUCGAAAUCAUGAGUCAAAUCCAUCGAAGUUAGACUGUUUUUUGACACAUUGACCACCAUCAUUAUCGGAUUCACAUUACAUUUAUCAAAGUUUCAAUUUCGACGUUCAACAGUAAAGGAUAUCAACAGGAAAAUAGUGAAAUUUGAAAUUGAGUGAUUGUUCAACUCUUUCCAAUGGAUACAUCAAAACUGUUGAAUGAUUCCAUUUACAUUCCACCAGAUGGAUUCAACAACAUUGGCCUGAUCCCUAGUUCAUCAAAUAUUUCAGCCUUCAUUGAGUUCCAAGGAUUUGGUAAAAAUGACACGAGUUAUGCUGAUAGACUAGACUUGAUGAAAAAAUUGGAAGAGAUUAAGGUUAACCGAGUCAUUGACCAAGAUGCCUUAAUAUGGUUAAUGUUGAGCUAUAUUCUGUUGAUUGCUGUUGGCUCCAUUGGUAAUGGGCUUGUUUGUAUUGCAGUUAUACGUAAACCUUCAAUGAGAACACCUCGAAAUCUAUUCAUCAUUAACCUUGCCAUUUCUGAUCUAACACUUUGCCUCAUCACGAUGCCUUUUUCUUUCAUUGAAAUUGCUGCCAAAUUUUGGUCUCUGGGAUUAUUUACCUGUAAGCUGAUUGCAGGGUUGGAGGCAACUUCCAUAUUUGUGUCGACAAUGUCCAUUACCGCAAUUGCAUUGGAUCGUUAUUUUGUAAUAAUCAAACCAACUCCAGAAACGCCAAAAAUAACUGGUAUUCUUUACGGCCUUUUAUCCAUUUGGAUCAUUGCUCUUAUCCUUUCAAUUCCUCUUUUCUGGUCCCGAACAACAUAUAGAAUUGAAGUUCCCGAAAUAUUGUCUUCCGCCGAUCAUUCGAAGGAGACACUUGAAUAUUGUUAUGAAGAAUGGCCAGUGAAUAGAGGAAGAGCCAUUUACUCUGUAUUUACGAUAGUCCUUCAAUACUUUGUUCCAACCAUUUUGGUGACUCUGAUUUACAUGAAGAUUUACAAAAGACUGAAAAACCGCAUGUCUCAGAAGCGAACUGCCAUUAAAUUAGAUGAACGAAUAAAGGCUGAAGAAAGGCGAACCAAGAGAACCAAUUAUCUGUUAAUAUCAGUCAGCUUGAUAUUUGGUAUAAGCUGGCUGCCGCUCAAUAUACUCAACAUUAUUUCUGACGUUUACUAUCCUUUUCAAGAUACAUCAACUUUUCGAAUCGUUUUUGCCUGCUGUCACAUGGUGGGAAUGAGCUCUGCCUGUUUCAAUCCACUUCUCUAUGGAUGGCUCAAUGACAAUUUUCAAAAAGAGUUUAAAGAAAUUUUUGCUCUUAUUACUGGAAAACUGAGCUCUUGCUGUUCAGUUAAGGGUUCAAUAAUCUCAGGGAGAACAUCAAUUUCCUUGGAAGGUAGGAUUGAGACUACAGUAGUUUAUGGUGAAUCACACGAUAAAGAGUCUAACCAUUUACAACACAUGCAUCAUAAGAGUAGCGACACUGACCAUAAUACCGGCAAUUGUAAUACAAAUAGUGACACCUCAAAUGGUAAUGGUAGUGCUGCUAAAAAAUCUUUGGUCGUUAAACAAGUGUAAAACAAUUCCAUGUAAAAUUACUAAACAAUUUGCUCAUUUAAAGAGAAAAAUGUACUUUCAUUAAAAGAUGACGUUCAAUGAA